UAUCUAUUAGAAGAACAGUAGGUUAUCCAUCAACUUGACCAGAGAGUUUAGUAAUAAUGCAGCUAAUCUUAGAGAUAUGCCCGAUGAAGGGCCAUCAUCAAGCCAACAUCUUUCCAAAGUAAAAAAAGAGGAGCCAGAGGACAGCUUCACUUUCGAUGAACCUGCUCAGAAGAAGCAGAGAACAAAUGCCCCUCAGGGAAGACCAAUCAAAUUUAAAUCAGGAAAUCCCUGUGUGGAGGAGAUGCAGAUGAAUUGGGAUCCCAUUCAGGUUCUUGCUGAAAAGACGGGUAUGGAGCAGUGGGUGCGUGUGAACAUCACACAACUCUUCCAGGAGGAGAACACUAUUCCUUUCAUGGUGCGCUAUAGAAAGGAUUUGAUCAACCAUAUGGAUGCAGAUGCUGUUCGAGACGUUCAGCUCACUCUGGAAAAGCUACGGUCAGUGGCAAAGAAGAGCAGGUCUGUUGCUCAAACACUAAAGAAGGAGGGAGUUCUUACUUUAGAGCUGGAAGUAGCUCUGAAGAACUGCACAACAGCAGAUGAAAUAGACCUUGUGUAUACACCCUAUAAUAAGGGCAGUAAGUUGUCUAAGGCCCGGCGUGCUAAGGAGCUAGGACUGGAACCUGUUGCACUGGCUUUACUUCAGACACUGGACCUACACUCCAGAAUCCAGCCCAGCACAAAGGGGUUGUCGACUCUGGAGGAGGUGGCCACAGGUGUGCAGGAGAUCCUGGCAGAUAUGAUCGCUAAGGACAAAGAGACUAUCACCUAUGUCCAAUCACAGUGUGACAGGAGUGCGGUGACCAUUCACUCGUCAGUGUCUAAAACAGCCCUUAAAGAUCAGCAGCUGGAGAAAGGGAAUCUGAAGAGUAAACCAAAGGACAUUGCGAAGUUCAGCCUAUACACUGACUUUACCUGCGACAUCCAGCGUAUUCAGCACCAUCAGACGUUAGCCAUUAACCGUGGGGAGAAUCUGAAGAUUCUGACAGUGAAGGUCAACAUCCCCGACUGGGUGAAGAAUGACUUCUCUCGGUGGUGCGUCAACGUCAGGUGGAGGCCACAGGGAUUUGCACGGCCAGAACUGAUGACAAUUUUAAAUAAUGCUGUUGAAGCUUCCUAUAAGAGGUUUAUUCUACCCUUUCUCAGCCGAGGCUACAGGACUAAGUUAACUGCUAGUGCAGAAAAAGAAUCUAUCGCCAUGUUUGUUCGUAAUCUUCGUCAGCGGCUUCUGAUGUGUCCUGUGCGUGGGAGGACAGUCAUGGGAGUGGACCCGGGAUUUCACCAUGGCUGCAAACUGGCCAUCCUUUCCCCAACCAGUCAGAUACUACACACAGAUGUGGUGUACCUGCAUAGCUCUGGAAAACAUAGAGAGGCAGACAGAUUGCGUUAUCUUCUGCUUAAACAUGGAUGUCAGACCGUUGUCAUAGGAAAUGGCAAAGCAUGCAGAGAGACUGAGGCCUUCUUUACAGACCUAAUUAAACAGAAUUUCUUCCACCCCCUGGAUGUGUCCUACUGUAUAACAGAUGAAGCAGGAGCGUCCAUCUACAGUGUGAGUCCUGAGGCUGUUAAAGAGAUGCCUGACAUGGAUCCCAACUUAAGGAGUGCAGUGUCCAUAGGGAGGCGUGUUCAGGACCCUUUAGCAGAGCUCAUUAAGAUUGACCCCAAACACACUGGCAUAGGAACCUACCAGCACGAUGUGUCACAGAGUUUGCUGAGGGCAGUGCUGGAUGGGGUGGUGCAGGAGUGUGUGAGCUUCGUGGGAGUGGACAUCAACAUCUGUUCAGAGACACUGAUGAGGCAUGUUGCAGGCCUGAAUGCAGGGCGAGCACACAGUAUUAUGGAGUGGAGAGAAAAGAACAGACCUUUUUUCAACAGAGAGCAGCUGAAACUGGUUAAAGGCCUCGGUCCUAAGAGUUUUCAGCAGUGUGCUGGCUUUAUCAGGAUCAACCCAGAGACCGUACACAGAUACAGCUCUGGAGCAAACCAAGACCUUGAAGUUCCUCUAAAACAGACAGUUGAGAAAAGAAAAGUCAAGGCCUCUGCUAGCACCUGUAACCAGUUUAACCCACUGGACCAAACCUGCAUCCAUCCUGAAUCCUACAGUAUCACCCUGAGGUUCUUGUCUCAAAUAGGGGGCAGUUUGGAUCAGAUGGGCAGUGCUGUGCUCAGGCAGAUGGUUGAAAGCAGUGUUAAGAGCAGUAGUCUGGAUGUAUUUGCCAAAUCACUGGGCACCACUCCUGAGACUCUACAGCUCAUUGUUGAUGGACUUACUCAGCCGCCUGGCUUUGACAUUCGUCAGGAUUUUGAGCAGGCUGACUUCAAGCGAGAAAUUGUGUCCAUGAGUGACCUUCGUGGGGGCAUGGUACUAACAGGGCGUGUAACAAACACUGCUUUAUUUGGAGCCUUUGUGGACAUUGGAGUUGGGCGCUCUGGUCUCAUCCCAAAACGUUACAUCACUCCCGAUAAACUUCCUGUUGACCAAAGGCGACGAAGCCUAGCACUUGGUCCAGGUGAACGGGUAGAGGUGUGUGUCCUAAAUGUGGAUCUUCAACGGAAUCGGAUCAGUCUGGACCUCAUUAGGGUUCUCCGAUAGGAACUAUUGAUUCAUUAUUUAAAUAACAAAGGCUUACUGAAGAUGGACUAUAG